AUGGAGGAGCCUGUUCACGACGGGGUGGCCUCGCCGGCCGCUCCCGGGACCGGGAAGUCCAAGCUGGAAGCCUUGCCCAAGGAAGACCUUAUCAAGUUUGCCAAGAAGCAGAUGAUGCUAAUACAGAAAACAAAAUUGAGAUGUACAGAGUUGGAGAAAGAAGUUGAAGAAUUAAGGUCAAAGCUGGUUGCUGGAGGAGCUGACAUCAUUAAGGCCUUGACUGAACGUCUGGAUGCUCUUCUUCUGGAAAAAGCAGAGACUGAGCAACACUGCAUUUCUCUGAAGAAGGAAAAUAUUAAAAUGAAGCAAGAGGUUGAGGAUUCUGUAACUAAGUUGGAAGAUGUGCAGAAAGAGUUGGAACAGUCACAAAGAAGCUAUGGGAAAGAAAUAGAAAAUUUGAGAAAUGAAUUAGCAACAAUACAAUCCAAAUAUAGUAACGAUAAAGCUGAUUGGCAAAAGGAAGUGGAAGAAACAGCAAAAAAACAAUUAGAGCUUUCAGAACAGCUCAGGUUUCAGAGUGAUUCUGAAGAUUAUGUUAAAAAGCUGCAAGAAGAGAUUCAGAAAAUUAAGCCAGACUUUGAGGAUCAAAUUUUAUGUCUGCAAAAGCAGUUAGAAACUGCCACAAAUGAAAAAGAGCAAGAAAUUACUCACCUCCAAGGAGUGAUUGAGGCUAAUUGUCAGCAGUACCAAAAAGAUAUUAAUAGUUUGCAAGAAGAACUUGUACAGUUGAAAUCUACACACCAAGAAGAGGUGAAAGAACUGAUAUGCCAAAUUGAAACAUCUGCCAAAGAACACGAAGCAGAAAUAAAUUAUUUGAUCCAGCUAAAGGAUAACUUAGUCAGAAAGUGUGAGGCAGGUGAGAUGAACAUUCAGGAGAAGUAUAAAUGUGAAUUAGAAAACGAAGGGAAAGCCUCAGGUGCAGACCAAGAAAAUCAGGUGUGUUCUUUGCUGUUAAAGGAAGAUUCUCUUGUAGAACAAGCAGUAAAUGAAAAACUUAGACACUUAGAAGAUGCCCUAAAGGAACUGGAGUCGCAACAUAGCAUCUUAAAAGAUGAGUUAACUUACAUGAAUAAUCUAAAAUUAAAACUUGAAAUUGAUGCUCAACAUAUAAAGGAUGAGUUUUUUCAUGAACGGGAAGAUUUAGAGUUUAAAAUUAAUGAAUUAUUACUAGCUAAAGAAGAACAGGGCUAUAUAAUCGAGAAAUUAAAAUCUGAUCUAGAAGAUGCAAAUAAACAGUUUUGCUGCACCAUAGAACAACAUAACAAGGAAAUACUGAGUCUGAAGAAACAGCAUCAAAAAGAAAUAACAGAACUAAAUGAGACAUUUUUGUCAGAUUCAGAAAAAGAAAAGUUGGCAUUAAUGUUUGAAAUACAGGGUCUUAAGGAACAGUGUGAAAAACUACAACAAGAAAAGCAAGAAGCAACGUUAAACUACGAGGGUUUACGAGAGAUUAUGGAAAUUUUACAGACAGAGCUGGGGGAAUCUGCUGAAAAAAUAAGUCAAGAGUUUGAAUCAAUGAAGCAACAACAAGCAUUUAAUAUUAAUGAACUUCAGCAGAAGCUCCAAACUGCAUUUAAUGAAAAAGAUGCUCUUCUUGAAACUGUGACUUGUCUCCAGAGAGAAAAUGAUAACUUAUUGUCACAGCAGGAAUGUGUACCAGAACUUGAAAAUACCAUAAAGAACCUUCAAGAGAAGAAUGAACUGUAUCUAGUUAGUCUCCGUCAGAGAGAUACCAUGUUACAAGAAUUUGAAGCAAAGAUAAGUUCUCUUACUGAGGAAAAAUAUGAUUUCAUAAGUAAGAUGAAAAGUUCUCAUGAAGAGAUGGAUAAUCUCCACAAAAAAUGUGAAAAGGAAGAAAGGUUGACUGUAGAACUUAGGGAAAAAGUGGAUCAGACUGCCCAGUACAACAGUGAACUGGAACAGAAGGUAAAUGAAUUAACAGCAGGACUAGAAGAAACUUUAAAAGAAAAGGAUGAAAAGAACCAAAAACUGGAAAAGCUUACAACUCAGUUGAAAACUCUCUCUGAAGACCAGGAAGCCACGUUAUUGGAAGUGAAGUCUCUUCGUGAAGAAAACAGCAGACUGAGUUCAGAGAAGAAUGUGCUGAGCAGGGAUCUGGAAGCCUUCCUGUCUCAAAAAGAAGGAGAUGUUACACUUCAGGAGCAGAUCUCUGAAUUAGAAGAGGAACUUCGGUUAGCUGUCAGAGAAAGGGAUAAUUUGAAUCAACUGUUGGAAAAUGAGCAAGUUCAGAAGCUGUUUGUUAAAGCUCAGUUGUGUGGUUUCCUUGAACAGAUGGAGUCAAAGAUUUCACAAGAAAGGGAAGAACAGGAUAUUGUAAACAUCCUACAAGCCAUGGGUGAAUCCUUAGAUAAAAUAAGUGAAGAAAAACACAACUUGGAUUUUCAGUAUGAAAAAAGGGUAGUAGAGUUAGAAAAAGAGAUUAAGCUCCUUCAAGAAGAGCAUAUGGUUCAGUGUGAGGAACUUAGGUCUCUACUAAGAAAUUACGAGCAAGAGAAAGUUGUCCUAAGGAAAGAGUUAGAUGAAGCCCUCUUGGAAAAGGAGGCCCUGCAGUCUGACCUUCUCGCGAUGAAGAAUGCCAGUGAACAAACAAGGUUUGAGAAUCAGAAUCUCCUAAUUCAGGUUGAAGAAGUAUCUCAAAAAUUGUAUAGAGAAAAUGAAAAUCAUCACGAAAAAGAAAAAGAUUUUAUAAAAGAACUUGAAAACCUAAGGCCAUUAUUGGAACAGAAAGAAUCUGAAUUGCGGGAUGUGAGAGCAGAGUUAAUAUCAUUAAAGGAUUCCUUCAAGAAAUCACCUGUAGAAAGUGAUCAACCUUCAGUAAAAGAGUUUGAAGAAAAAAUAGGAUACCUGGAAAAAGAAGCCAAAGAGAAAGAGGAGAAAAUAAAUAAGUUAAAACUAGUUGCUGUGAAAGCAAAGAAAGAACUAGAGUCUAGCAGAAAAGAAGCCCGGAUGCUCCAGGAAGAACUUGAAUCUGUUCGCUCAGAAAGGGAUCAGUUGUCUACUUCCAUGAGAGAUCUCAUUCAAGGAGCUGAAAACUAUAAGAAUCUUUUAUCAGAAUAUGAUAAGCAGUCAGAGCAGUUGGAUGCAGAGAAAGAACGUGCCAAUAACUUUGAGCGUCAAGUAGAAGACCUUACAAGACAAUUAAGGAGUUUGACUUUUCAGUGUGAAAAAUUAACCUCAGAUAAUGAAGACUUCCUGGCCCGUAUCGAGACACUGCAGUCUAACGCCUGCUUAUUGGAAGUGCAGAUUCUAGAAGUCCACAAAGCCAAGGCUAUGGCAGACAAAGAGCUGGAAGCUGAAAAACUUCAGAAAGAACAGAAAAUAAAGGAGCAUGCCAGUUCUGUAAAUGAACUUGAAGAACUUCAGCUACAGCUUCAAAAGGAAAAGAAACAGCUUCAGAAAACCAUGCAAGAAUUAGAGCUAGUUAGAAAGGAUGCCCAGCAGACCACGUUGAUGAACAUGGAAAUUGCUGAUUACGAACGCUUGAUGAGAGAACUGAAUCAGAAGUUAGCUAAUAAAAACAGCAAGAUAGAAGAUUUGGAGCAGGAAAUAAAAAUCCAAAAACAGAAACAAGAGACCCUGCAAGAAGAAAUGACUUCGCUGCAGGCUGUGGUACAGCAGUAUGAGGAAAAGAAUACCAAGAUCAAACAGCUACUUGUGAAAACCAAGAAAGAACUGGCAGAUUUGAGGCAAGCGGAGACUGAUCACUUAAUGCUUCAGGCAUCUUUAAAGGGUGAACUGGAAGCCAGCCAGCAGCAAGUAGAAGUCUGUAAAAUUCAGCUGGCGGAAGUGACGGCCGAGAAGCACAAAGCCCAUGAGCGCCUGAAGGCAUCGGCGGACCAGCACCAGCGCACAUUGGGUGCCUACCAGCAGCGGGUAUCAGCCCUGCAGGAGGAGUGCCGCGAGGCCAGGGCAGAACAAGCUGCGGUCACCUCUGAAUUUGAGAGCUACAAGAUCCGGGUCCACAAUGUUUUAAAACAGCAGAAAAAUAAGUCUGUGUCUCAGACUGAGGCUGAGGGAGCCAAACAAGAAAGAGAACAUCUGGAAAUGCUGAUUGACCAACUGAAGCUCAAGUUACAAGACACCCAGAACAGCUUACAGAUCAGCACCUCUGAGCUGCAGGCCCUGCAGUGUGAACACUACGCCCUGCUGGAGAGGCACAACAGGGUGCUGCAGGAGGCCGUGGGCAAGGAGGCUGAGCUCCGUGAGAAGCUGUGCUCUGUGCAGUCAGAGAACUCCGCCUUGAAGGCUGAGCACAUGCAGACUGUUGAUCAGCUCACAGCCCGGCAUGAGGCCCUACGCGGCAGCUUCCGGGAACAGGUGGGGCAGCUGCAAGAGGAACACCGGAGGACAGUGGAGACACUGCAGCAGCAGCUGUGCCGGCUAGAGGCCCAGCUUCUGCAGCCCCGCAGCGAGCCGGCCAUGCGGAGCGCAACUUCUUCCCAGCAACCUUUGAGGAGCCUUCGUGAGAGGAGAAGCGCAGACCUCCCAUUCCUGGAUGUGCAGGUCACGGCCCGGGAGGAAGGGGAAGGGAUGGAGACCACAGACCUGGAGCGGGGCUCUCCCGCCAGCACCCCUGCACAGUCCCUGGAGCAGCUGCUCAGUUCUCCUGAAGCCAGGCUUGAGUCGCCUGCAUGGCACAAUGAAUUCACCAAAGAAGAGUUGGUUCAGAAGCUCAAUUCCACCACCAAGAGUGCCGACCACUUAAAUGGCCUGCUUCGGGAAACGGAAGCCACCAACGCCAUCCUCAUGGAGCAGAUUAAGCUUCUGAAGAGUGAAGUCAGGCGGCUGGAACGGAACCAGGAGCGGGAGAAGUCGGCAGCCAACCUGGAGUACCUGAAGAACGUGCUGCUGCAGUUCAUCCUGCUGAAGCCAGGCAGCGAGCGGGCGCGGCUGUUGCCUGUGGUGGACACCAUGCUGCAGCUCAGCCCUGAGGAGAAGACCCGGCUGGCAGCCGCCGCCCAAGGUGAGGAGGAGAGCGGGUCCCGCUCCUCAGGCUGGGCAUCCUACCUGCACAGCUGGUCUGGACUCCGGUAG